AUGCCUAAAUCAAAGACCAAUGGCGCUGUUGUCAGUGGCAGCAGUGGAUCAGGGUCGCCGGCUGGUAAUGGCCGUCAGAGCUCGCCAGUUCCUGGAAAACCAGCAGUUUUAGGGAAAUCCGGGUCUUCCGGUAGCAGCAGCAGCAAUGGCAAGUCUUCAGCUGCUUCGUUAGCAGCAUCCGUGACCUAUGCCGUCACUUUAUUAGCAUAUUUCUGGUACACUUUGACCCAGGGAACUCUAGUGACCGAUCCAGUACGAACUCUGACUGAGACUACUCUGGCUCUGGUGCUCAUUCAAAUUGUUUACUGUGCAGCAGGACUCGACGACCAGUCUGGACUCCACUCAACUUCGACCAAAUCCAAACAACCCAAGACUGAUUCUGGAAUCUCCAGUAGAAUCUCUGUAAGUGCUCUACUUUCACAACUGGAAUCAAUUAUUUUUACUAACAAAUUACAGACGGCCAUUUUGGCGACUAUUCUCAGUCUGGCGAUGUCAGUUCUGGUAUUCGGACUCCUGAUUCUGUUCGGAGCUCCUGUCACUUCACACAUUCCCGAGACGUUUCUGUGUGCCGUUCACAUCUCGAUCCUGUCAGUGCAACCGCUCGUGUUUGUAUAUAAACUGGACUCCAAGAUCUGGAAAGACAUUGUCUCGGUCAAACUACCACUGAAUGGCGUCUAUGGAGCAUCCGUCGGCACGUGGCUCGGAGCGUGGCUCGGCGCUGUCCCCAUUCCUCUUGACUGGGACCGACCCUGGCAACGCUGGCCCGUCACCAUCGUGGCCGGAGCCUACUUCGGCACCGCCCUCGGCACCCUCAUCGGCGCUCUCUACCGCCAGAUUAGACACUAG